GCGACUUCCAGCUUCAGUGAGGCCGGGCCUCACCCAGGAACGCAGCGACCUUCCCAGCCGGAGAUGCCUGCGGGGGGCGGCUCUGCCCCAGAGUCGGAGCGGCCGCUGGGGCUUGGGGUUCAGCUCCCGGGACCACGUCCAGCUGCCCGCGGCCCCAGAGCGGUGCCCCUCGGGGGUCGCGCACUGAGCCUUCGGAGGCACCAGCCAGCCGGGCCGACCAUCCUUUAUCAGAUCAGGACAGUUGACGAAAACAAUGGUUAUUUCAAGCUGACUGAGCGCUGACCCCCGAUAAAAACGAAUGUUGAUUACAGAGGGUUGCCUGGGACAAAAUUUAUGGCAUGCGUCCUGAGGGGGAGUUCUUGUGGGAAAAAAAAUGAUUUGCGACCAUUGCUAAAUCAAUAAUCAAUGAAAGGGAAGAGAGAAAAGAGUAAACUGUAUAAGAAGAAAUGAGCCUUUCAUUCUGUGGUAACAACAUUUCUUCAUAUAAUAUCUACGAUGGUGUGUUACAAAACCCCUGCUUUGUGGAUGCCCUCAAUCUGGUCCCUCAUGUCUUCCUGUUGUUUAUCACUUUCCCAAUAUUGUUUAUUGGGUGGGGGAGUCAAAGCUCAAAAGUACAAAUUCAUCACAACACAUGGCUUCAUUUUCCUGGACAUAACCUGAGAUGGAUUCUUACAUUUGCCCUCCUAUUUGUGCAUGUUUGUGAAAUAGCAGAAGGCAUCGUUUCAGAUUCACGGCGAGAGUCACGACAUCUCCACCUCUUCAUGCCUGCGGUGAUGGGAUUUGUGGCCACUACAACAUCAAUAGUAUAUUAUCAUAAUAUUGAAACAUCAAAUUUUCCCAAGUUACUUUUAGCCUUAUUCCUGUAUUGGGUAAUGGCCUUUAUCACAAAAACCAUAAAGUUGGUCAAAUAUUGGCAGUCUGGUUGGGGAGUGUCAGACCUGCGAUUCUGUAUCACUGGCAUGAUGGUCAUUUUGAAUGGACUUCUGAUGGCUGUGGAGAUCAAUGUCAUUCGGGUCAGAAGAUAUGUGUUCUUCAUGAAUCCUCAGAAAGUAAAGCCUCCUGAAGACCUCCAGGAUCUGGGGGUGAGAUUUCUCCAGCCGUUUGUGAAUUUACUGUCAAAAGCAACGUACUGGUGGAUGAACACGCUCAUUAUAUCUGCUCAUAAGAAGCCUAUUGAUCUGAAGGCCAUUGGAAAAUUACCAAUAGCCAUGAGGGCGGUAACAAAUUAUGUUUGUCUGAAAGAUGCCUAUGAAGAACAAAAGAAAAAAGUGGCAGAUCAUCCAAAUCGGACUCCAUCUAUAUGGCUGGCAAUGUACACAGCUUUUGGACGGCCGAUUCUACUUAGUAGCACAUUUCGUUAUCUUGCCGACUUACUGGGUUUUGCUGGGCCUCUCUGUAUUUCUGGAAUCGUUCAGCGUGUGAAUGAAACCCAGAAUGGAACAAAUAACACAACAGGAAUUUCAGAAAAACUCUCAUCAAAGGAAUUUCUUGAAAAUGCUUAUGUUCUGGCAGUUCUUCUCUUCUUGGCUCUUAUCCUGCAAAGGACGUUUUUGCAGGCUUCCUACUAUGUAACCAUAGAGACUGGCAUUAACCUCCGUGGAGCCCUGCUGGCCAUGAUAUACAAUAAAAUCCUUCGGCUUUCUACAUCUAAUUUAUCCAUGGGUGAGAUGACACUGGGUCAGAUCAAUAACUUGGUCGCCAUUGAAACCAAUCAACUCAUGUGGUUCUUGUUCCUAUGUCCCAAUCUAUGGGCUAUGCCUGUUCAGAUCAUAAUGGGAGUGAUUCUGCUCUACAAUUUGCUUGGAUCCAGUGCAUUGGUUGGUGCCGCUGUCAUUGUUCUCCUUGCACCAAUUCAGUACUUCAUUGCUACAAAGUUGGCAGAGGCUCAGAAGAGCACACUUGAUUAUUCCACUGAGAGACUGAAGAAAACAAAUGAAAUAUUGAAAGGCAUCAAACUUCUGAAGUUGUACGCAUGGGAGCACAUCUUUUGCAAGAGUGUGGAAGAAACAAGAAUGAAAGAACUAUCCAGUCUCAAAACCUUUGCUCUUUACACAUCACUCUCCAUCUUCAUGAAUGCAGCAAUUCCCAUAGCGGCUGUUCUUGCUACAUUUGUGACCCACGCAUACGCCAGCGGGAACAAUCUCAAACCUGCAGAGGCCUUUGCUUCCCUGUCUCUUUUCCACAUCCUGGUCACCCCUCUCUUCCUGCUCUCCACAGUGGUCAGAUUUGCAGUCAAAGCCAUCAUCAGUGUUCAAAAGCUGAAUGAGUUUCUCUUGAGUGACGAGAUUGGGGAGGACAGCUGGAGGAGUGGGGAAAGUUCUCUUCCCUUUGAAUCCUGUAAGAAACACACUGGCGUUCCGCCGAAAACUAUAAACAGGAAGCAGCCUGGAAGAUAUCACCUGGACAGCUAUGAGCAAUCAACACGACGUCUGCAUCCCGCCGAGACCGAGGAUAUUGCAAUAAAGGUCACAAAUGGAUACUUUUCAUGGGGCAGUGGCUUAGCUACCUUAUCUAAUAUAAAUAUUCAAAUUCCAACAGGUCAGUUAACCAUGAUUGUGGGCCAAGUGGGAUGUGGGAAGUCCUCUCUCCUCCUUGCCAUCCUUGGCGAGAUGCAGACACUGGAAGGGAAAGUUCACUGGAGCAAUGUAAAUGAAUCUGAACCUUCUUUUGAAGCAACCAGAAGUAGGAGCAGGUAUUCUGUGGCUUAUGCAGCUCAAAAGCCUUGGCUAUUAAAUGCUACGGUGGAAGAAAAUAUUACCUUUGGAAGUCCUUUCAACAAGCAGAGGUACAAAGCUGUCACAGAUGCCUGUUCUCUUCAGCCGGAUAUUGACUUACUACCAUUUGGAGACCAAACUGAAAUUGGAGAGAGGGGCAUCAACCUGAGUGGGGGUCAGAGGCAAAGAAUCUGUGUGGCCCGAGCUCUCUAUCAAAACACCAACAUUGUCUUCUUGGAUGAUCCAUUUUCUGCCUUGGAUAUUCACUUGAGUGACCAUUUAAUGCAGGAAGGGAUUUUGAAAUUUCUCCAAGAUGACAAGAGGACACUUGUUCUUGUGACUCACAAAUUACAAUAUCUAACACAUGCUGACUGGAUCAUAGCCAUGAAAGAUGGAAGUGUACUAAGAGAGGGGACUUUGAAGGACAUUCAGACCAAAGAUGUUGAGCUUUAUGAGCACUGGAAGACACUUAUGAAUCGGCAAGAUCAAGAACUAGAAAAGGAUAUGGAAGCUGACCAAACAACUUUAGAGAGAAAAACACUCCGAAGAGCCAUGUACUCAAGAGAGGCUAAAGCCCAACUGGAGGAUGAAGAUGAAGAGGAAGAAGAGGAGGAAGAAGAGGAUGAUAACAUGUCCACUGUAAUGAGGCUCAGGACUAAAAUGCCGUGGAAGACCUGUUGGCGAUACCUCACUUCUGGAGGAUUCUUCUUGCUCUUCCUGAUGAUUUUCUCUAAGCUUUUGAAACAUUCCGUCAUUGUAGCUAUCGACUAUUGGCUGGCCACCUGGACCUCAGAGUACAAUAUAAAGAAUACUGGAAAAACUGAUCAGACCUUCUACGUGGCUGGAUUUAGCAUACUUUGUGGAGCAGGCAUUUUCCUCUGCCUUGUCACAUCUCUCACUGUGGAAUGGAUGGGCCUCACAGCUGCCAAAAAUCUUCACCACAAUCUCCUCAAUAAGAUAAUUCUUGGACCAAUAAGAUUCUUUGAUACCACCCCCCUGGGACUGAUUCUCAAUCGCUUUUCUGCUGAUACAAAUAUCAUCGAUCAGCACAUCCCUCCAACGCUGGAAUCUCUAACUCGCUCAACGCUGCUUUGCCUGUCUGCCAUUGGCAUGAUUUCUUAUGCUACCCCUGUGUUCCUGGUGGCACUUGUGCCUCUUGGGGUAGCCUUUUAUUUUAUCCAGAAAUACUUCCGAGUGGCCUCUAAAGACCUCCAGGAACUUGAUGAUACUACCCAGCUCCCUCUGCUUUGCCACUUCUCAGAAACCGCUGAAGGACUCACCACCAUCCGGGCAUUUAGGCAUGAAACCAGAUUUAAGCAACGUAUGCUGGAACUGACAGACACAAACAACAUUGCCUACUUAUUUCUCUCAGCUGCCAACAGAUGGCUAGAGGUCAGAACGGAUUAUCUGGGCGCUUGCAUUGUCCUCACUGCAUCUAUUGCAUCCAUCAGUGGGUCUUCCAAUUCUGGAUUGGUGGGCUUGGGUCUUCUGUACGCACUUACAAUAACCAAUUAUUUGAAUUGGGUGGUGAGGAACUUGGCCGACCUGGAGGUCCAGAUGGGGGCAGUGAAGAAAGUGAACAGUUUCUUGACUAUGGAGUCUGAGAACUAUGAAGGCACCAUGGAUCCUUCUCAAGUUCCAGAACAUUGGCCUCAGGAAGGAGAGAUCAAAAUUCAUGAUCUGUGUGUCAGAUAUGAAAAUAAUCUGAAGCCUGUUCUUAAACACGUCAAGGCUUACAUCAAACCUGGGCAAAAGGUGGGCAUAUGUGGUCGCACUGGAAGUGGGAAGUCAUCGUUAUCGCUCGCUUUCUUCAGAAUGGUUGAUAUAUUUGAUGGAAAGAUUGUCAUUGAUGGAAUAGACAUUUCAAAACUGCCCCUGCACACACUACGUUCUAGGCUUUCAAUCAUUCUACAGGAUCCAGUACUGUUCAGCGGUUCUAUUCGGUUUAAUUUAGAUCCAGAGUGCAAAUGCACAGAUGACAGACUCUGGGAAGCUCUAGAAAUUGCUCAGUUAAAGAAUAUGGUCAAAUCUCUACCAGGAGGUCUAGAUGCAGUCGUCACUGAAGGUGGGGAGAAUUUUAGCGUUGGACAGAGACAACUCUUCUGCCUGGCCAGGGCCUUUGUCCGCAAGAGCAGUAUUCUCAUCAUGGACGAAGCGACAGCUUCCAUCGACAUGGCCACAGAAAACAUUUUGCAGAAAGUGGUAAUGACAGCUUUUGCAGACCGCACCGUUGUUACAAUAGCUCAUCGGGUCCACACCAUUCUGACCGCCGACUUAGUUAUUGUGAUGAAGCGAGGAAAUAUUUUAGAAUAUGACACUCCAGAAAGUCUUUUGGCCCGGGAAGAUGGAGUAUUUGCUUCUUUUGUUCGUGCAGACAUGUGAAAGAAUGCCUUAAAACCCUAAGUGUAUUUAAAAUAAUGCAGUCAUAACUUGCUUAAUGGAUCAUCAGCUAGAUCUUUGCAAAGUGGUAUCUUAAACUUUUGCACAUUUUUUUUGUAAUGCUUACUUGUUAUAUUGUUGAUCUUCGUAAUUAGUAACAAUGUCCCUUUACCAGUAUUAUUUUUACUCUGUUGACAUUUCUUCUUCCUGUUUUUUGUUUUGCUUUGCUUCCCAAGCUAUUUCUGCUUAAUGUGUUCAUUAUUGAUGUUUUUCUAAUGAUUAAGCCACAUUACCUUUAAGAAUAUCAGGUAGUAAUAAAAUGUGUAAGCUAUUUGAAGUGGUAAA